UCUUUUUCUCUCUUCUCUUAUUUUCUCCGUCUAAUGUGAGCAUUUGUUUUGUGUGAGGGCUUGUUUCUUAUGUCUCUUUGGUGAGGUUUUUGGCUAUCAUGUAGUGCUUCUUGGAAAAUAUUUUGAGAGAUUUUUGAGAGGGUGUGAGGUUGUUGGCUCCGUUGGUAGCCGGUGGCCUUGUUUGUUGCCAGAUCUACAUUGUUUUUGGCCCCUUCACUUGAGUGUGGCGUCGAGGAUCUGAACCAAGCUUGGCUCAAUUUUGUUAGUAUUUUUUUUGAUCCCUAUCCAUCCAUCUUUAUAUAUUUGGUUAUUUUCUUGUAAAAUUGAAGAAUAUUUGACAAUCUCAUGGCGCACUGGAACUCUUCUUUCCAUCAAGUUUCCUUAACCACCGAUCAAGCUACAAUCGCUGACACCAUCUAUGGUUUUUGUAAAGCGCCCGUGCCCUCGACCCAAUUCACCAUAACUUUUGAAUUAUCUUGCAAGUGCUUUAUCGAUUUAUGGAGACCACAGUCCAAUCAAGCAUCAAGCAGCCGGGCAAGAUAUAUGGGUCGGGUUAACCAACCCACAUCAACGAUCCACAUCUCAAUCACUAGAGAUCAAUUCAUCUCUCGGAUCGAAGAUGUCUCACAAAUCUUCAACAAUCAACUAGAAUGUUGGCCUAUUAAUGCCGAGGGAAGAUCACUUGUGACGGAAGUUGCACUCAGUAGAUUUUCUGCAGCAGUUGAUUCCAAGCAGCCGCCUUCCUAUAUCUACGAUAGAGUUUGGAUACGCUGCUCUUUUACAACUGUUCUAAGACACAUUUUGAAUGAAAGACGCGAGAUAGAGCAAGCGCUUAUACAGUUUUCCGAUGAAGUGGAGAUACACAUGAUUCCGGCUGCCGAGUCUUCCAUUCAAUUGUUGUUAGAAGAGGUUUCUGUGGCGGAUGAUGCGAAAGAGACUUGUGCCAUUUGCUUUGAAGAGAUGCGUGGUGGAUGCGUAGCAAUGAGGAUGCCGUGUUUGCAUAUGUUCCAUGGUGAUUGCAUCCACAAGUGGUUGAGGACUAGCCAUUAUUGCCCGGUUUGUCGUUUCGAGGUACCAAAGCGAGCAUUUUGCGACGACGACAAUGAUUCCUUCACCGGUGGACACCUCCCGGACGGCGGCGGCUCAACGACGUCGAUCUGGCAUCUCCCAGAGCUGGGCAACAGCUGUUCUCCGCCGAACUAG